GCUAAACGAGUCAAUAAUGGCACGAACCAAGCAGACCGCCCGUAAGUCCACCGGAGGCAAAGCCCCCAGGAAGCAGCUGGCAACCAAGGCUGCCCGUAAGAGCGCCCCGGCCACCGGCGGCGUGAAGAAGCCUCACCGUUACAGGCCCGGUACCGUGGCUCUGAGAGAGAUCCGUCGCUACCAGAAAUCCACGGAGCUGCUGAUCCGCAAGCUGCCCUUCCAGCGUCUGGUGAGGGAAAUCGCUCAGGACUUCAAGACCGACCUGCGCUUCCAGAGCUCCGCUGUUAUGGCUCUGCAGGAAUCCAGCGAGGCUUACUUGGUGGGUCUGUUCGAGGACACCAACCUGUGCGCCAUCCACGCCAAGAGGGUCACCAUCAUGCCCAAAGACAUCCAGCUGGCCCGUCGCAUCCGCGGAGAGCGAGCUUAAACCUUCUGAUUCUCCCCACACGACAACAACGGCUCUUUUAAGAGCCACCACACUACCUUUUGAACAAUUUAUUCCUUAUCUAUGAAAUUAUAAAUGUUGCAGGAGCUUAAUUGUAUCAAGCUGAAUGUCUUUCAUGACUCAUUAGUCCUGCUAGCCUAUACACUGAAGUGAUAGCAACAAAUUCGAAAUACAGUAGAAUAAAUUAAGAAAAAUCGUAUGUGUUAGUCCCAAGAAACCUGUUAUUAAAAUAAAUCUAAACCGGAGAUGGCCUUCAAAUUGAUUUUUUACAAUCUGUACAAAAGCGAAGCAGUGGGAAUAAAACUAGUAAAUGUGCAACACAAAGGCUCUCCAAGUCAUACAUAAAC